CAUGCACAUGCCAAAUUUUUAUUAGUGUUGGCCCUCUGCUUCGCAUGGUAUCCCGGUUUGUAUGUAUGCGACGCUUCUAGCCGGACAGCCCGAUGCCCAAGCCAAUACCUGAGGUGUACAUGUAAUUAUCAUCUUUUCCCUCGCUGCCUUUACUUUCCGUCUUGUCCUGCUUUUGUCACCCGACUAUCAGGUCUAAUCCCGUUCGAAGGGAAAGAUUCCACCGGGGCUAGAUUGGCGGGUCCUGUCCAAUGUUGAUUAGUGCCAUACGUUAUCGCGCUCUUGCUUCUCUACCAGCGAUUGACCCGAGCAGACGACCAAUUCUCAUGCGCCCUUGACUUGACUCCUCAUCUUCCGCACCAGUCUGGCUGGCGAAGAAACAGAAGUACCGCGCGUGCGGUAUCUGACAACGGACGACAAUGUCUUCCCCGAUGCCUGGGUUCACCCAUUGGAGGACGCGAGCCUCGAGCGUUUCCACAGCACCAGGCGACAAUCGACGGCGACAUGAUUCUACAGAGUUUGGUAGUUCGCCCCCGCCAAGCUCGGUCAUAGGGAUCGAUCACCCUAGCCGGCUAUCUUCCUCAUUCUCCGGACAAAGAGAGCCGAUCAGAUCGUUCAUCCAUGGCUCUGGGAGGGAACACCUAGCUCCCAAAGACAGCACCCACACUGCACGAACUGUUCGCGAAGACACGGCCGAUUUAGCCACCUACGUUCUCACGGAUGGCAAGGACGAAGGGAGUCGUUCUUUCCUCCAACGCUCGCGACCCUCGGUGUCAGACGUCUUCUCCUCAGAACCAGUCGAGUCCGAGGCAGGCGAGGACCGAAACCAGGACGUUAUCCUCGAAGUCUCCGAACCCCCGAGUCCCAAUGAUGGGGAGCAGGAACCGGAGGACGAGGGCCCCUCGGCGCUGGCGAAUCUGUUGAGAAAGUCGCCACCGCAGUCUAUCGCGCCGGAUAGAUCACGACCCAGGAAGGGUGUGGGACACGAAAGGUCCUUGGACGAGCCUGAAGAUCUGAGAUCGCGGCGGUCGACCAGGGGGGAAGACGCAGCAGACGACGAGGAGCACACCGAGAACACGCCUCUGCUCAGCGGAGCCACGUCGCGAAGCCGCACACCCGACGAGGACGUGGAGGACAUGAGGCCAGAGCCACGCAAAAGUUGGAUGGGCGGCCUGAAGUCGCGUGCGCAGGGUGCAGGGCGUCAUGCUGCCCGUACCUUUGCCGUGGCAGCGAACCCAAAGCAGUGGGAUGGAAAAGCCAUCUGGCAGACGUGCUGCGUUGCGCCGGCUUCAUGCUUGCCUGCAGUGUGUGUUGGACUUCUGCUCAAUAUUCUGGAUGCAUUGUCCUAUGGCAUGAUCUUGUUUCCUCUGGGCAAACCCAUCUUCUCGCAUCUAGGACCCGCUGGAAUAUCGAUUUUCUACGUCAGUACGAUUAUUUCGCAGUUGACGUUCUCGACUGGGAGUAUCUUCAAGGGAUCCGUCGGGUCUGAACUGAUCGAAGUGGUUCCUUUCUUCCAUAACAUGGCGCAGAAGAUCACCGACAUUGUGGGCGUGGAGAAUCCUGACGCAGUUAUUGCUACGACGAUUGUGUCGUACUCAAUGAGCUCCAUGAUAACGGGGCUUGUCUUCUAUCUCAUGGGCAAGUUCAAGUUCGGCUUCAUGGUGGGCUUCAUCCCUCGACACAUCCUCAUUGGCUGCAUUGGCGGUGUCGGCUGGUUCCUGAUUGCGACUGGCUUCGAGGUGUCUGCCCGCUUGGAGGGUAGUCUGGAGUAUGACCUGGACACGCUACACAAGCUGACACGUCCCGAGACGCUCCCGCAGUGGAUUGUGCCUCUGGUGCUGGCCAUUGUGCUGUUCUGGGGACAGGCGAGGGUCAAGUCCAAGUACUUCCUGCCACUAUUCAUUUUGGCGAUUCCCCUGAUCUUCUAUAUCUUUGUUCUGUCAUUGAAUGCGCUUGAGAUCGACAACCUGCGGGACAAGGGCUGGAUCUUCGAGGGUCCUCCGGCUGGAGAGCCCUGGUGGUAUUUCUAUACCUUGUUCAAGUUCACACUGGUUCGCUGGGAUGCCGUGGCGGAGUGUAUUCCUGCCAUGUUUGCCCUCACCUUCUUCGGUAUCCUCCACGUCCCGAUCAACGUGCCCGCCUUGGCUCUUCAGUGCGGCGAGGACAAUGCAGAUCUGGACAAGGAGCUGCGCCUGCAUGGGUACUCCAACUUCGUGUCAGGAUGCUUCGGUAGUAUCCAGAACUACCUGGUCUACGCCAACACGCUCUUCUUCAUGCGCUCUGGCGGAGACUCCAGGCUUGGAGGAUACAUGCUUGCCGCUUUGACGUUUGGCGUCAUGACCGUGGGCCCGUCGCUAGUCGGCUUCAUUCCUGUCAUGAUGGUCGGCUGCCUCAUCUUCGACCUAGGGUUCGAACUACUCCUGGAAGCUGUCUGGCUUCCACGGAAGAAGCUGAAGCUGGCAGAGUUCCUGACAGUGAUUGCCAUUGUGCUUGUGAUGGGCAUUUACGACUUUGUCAUUGGCAUUGGUGUGGGUAUUGUACUUGCCUUCGUGUCGCUCAUUGUGCAGACAUCGAGAGUCUCCGCAGUGCGCAGCACAUUCGCCGGCGACACCGUCACCUCGACUGUGCGCCGCAAUCCAUCGCAACACCACUAUCUUCAGCGUGUGGGCGGCCAGAUCUUCGUCAUGAGACUCACUGGUUACCUGUUCUUUGGUACCAUCGUCAGCGUGGAGAACAAGAUCCGCAGCCUCCUCGACCACAAGACGUUCUCGGAGAAGCCAAUCAAGUUUCUCGUACUUGACUUGUGGCAUGUCACGGGGUUGGACUACUCGGCUGGCGAGGGCUUCAACACGAUCAGCCGACUCUUGGGGAAGAAAGACGUGGUCCUGGUGCUCAGUGGUGUGGAAGACGACAGCCAGCUUGGCCGAAACCUACGCGCGGUUGGUCUUGGUGCUAACGGCACCGAGGUCGUGAUGCUUCCAGAUCUAAACUCGGCCCUCGAAAGCUGCGAGAACGAGCUGUUGAAGACCCUCUACGCAAGACAGGCAGAGAUGAAUUCGACCAAACGAGUGGCCACAGCUAGCCUGGAUGUUCCCAAGCAGACAGAGUCGAGCUUCUCCUCGUUCGACCCACCCUUCAACUCGCCCCGACAGACGCAUCUAGCGGAGGCUGCAAGCGACGCCAUCAGGUCGGACGAAGUGCAACAGCCGCAGAAAUGGCAAUCCUUCAAGGAGCCGCUACGUCUCAUGCUGCAAAUCUUCCAAGGCCUGAGCGACAAGAAUGAGGAUUUCUGGUUCCAGCUCACGCACUAUUUCAAGCGCCGCGAGCUUGCCGCAGGCACAGUAUUGUUUCGCCGGGGUGAGGAAGCCAACGGCUUCUACCUCGUGGAGCGCGGCAUCCUGCGGGCCGAAUACGACCUGCCACAGGGAUGGCUCUGCGAGAGCAUCAUGCCCGGGACUACCUGUGGUGAGCUGCCCUUUUUCAGCGAGACGAAUCGGACGGCGACGGCGCAGGUGGAAAGGGAGUGUGUGGUGUGGCAGAUGGACCGGGAGGGCUGGAAGAGACUGCAACAGGAAGAGCCCGAGGUAGCGCGGGAACUGCUGAGAGUGUCACUCAAGUUGACGAGCGAGAGGAUGAGCUCCAUCACUUCGUACAUACUCACUCUGGCCGGCUAGGAGGGCCAUGUGUGCGGCAUCAAUAUAGCGGUCGAUUUUAGGCAUGGCAUCAAGCAUAUUGCUCGCAGAAGGACAUAAUGUACUGACUUACGCAGAGGACGUUACUCCGUACUCAUGGUGAAUAUGCUUUUGGUGUCUUAGUCAGCAUCGCCGACAUACAAUGAAUGUGGCGACUUUUGGCAGUCUCACGGUACAUG